CUUAGGGGCGCUUCCAGGAAGAGAGUGGCUACAUUUUCCUGUAAUGGCGGACCAGGCAGAGAGCGAGACUAUCGGGUUCAGCGACAACAGAAUGGCGCAGCAGGCGGUGCGGUUCCGUGCCCCUACGCCUGCGCCCGCCCCUGCACCGGCACCUGCUCCUGCUCCAGCUGCAGUUUUACGAGGCCCACCGCCACUCCUUAGGCCACCGCCACCUCCUUUUGGGAUGAUGAGAGGACCUCCGCCACGACCCCCAUUUGCACGUCCACCCUUCGACCCAAACAUGCCACCAAUUCCACCGCCAGGAGGCAUGCCUCCCCCCAUUGGGCCUCCUCAUCUACAGAGACCUCCAUUCCUUCCCCCACCAAUGGGGAACCUACCACCUCCUCCAGGCAUGCUGUUUCCUCCAGGGAUGCCCCCCAUACCCACAUCUGGAAACCCAGCCCUAAACCCUACAGAAGAGAUCUGGGUGGAGAACAAGACACCAGAGGGAAAGGCAUAUUACUACAACGCCAGGACCAGGGAGUCAUCGUGGAGCAAACCAGACGGCGUGAAGAUCAUCCAGCAGUCUGAACUUAACCCUCUCCUUGUAGCAGGGGGCGGGGCCUCAGGGCCAGGUGCAAGUGUAGGGGUGACGGCAUCUGCCAGCUCAAGCAGUGUCAACACCACAGCAAGCACAGCUGCAGCAGCAUCCCCUACUCAGGCCCCGUCCACUACCCCUACACGCACACUCACCUCCAGUCCAGACUCAACCUCCUCCCCCUCUCCUGCUGCAACCAUCGCAGCCACUGUUGUAGCAGACCUGAACCCUAUCGCCACAGUGACCUCGACUGUUCCCGUGUCUCCAGUCACCGUGGUAACAGUGUCCACAGUUCCAUCUCCGGUUACAGCAGUGCAGACCGUGCCUCUGCUUCCUGCAGCUCUGCCUCACAGCGUGGCCCAGCCCACCGCAGCCAUUCCUGCCUUCCCCCCUGUCAUGGUGCCACCUUUCAGGGUGCCACUGCCAGGCAUGCACAUCCCUCUGCCAGGUGUAGCAAUGAUGCAGAUAGUAGGUGCACCCUGUGUAAAGGCAGGCCCCAGCGCCAACGGCAUGCUCCCUGGCAUGGGACCGCCUUUAGUGUCUAUGAUGCACCCACAGCUGGCUCUCUCUGCUGCUCCUGCCUCCAUGGCCGGGUCACUGCAGCUGCCCGAGUGGUCAGAGUACAAAACAGCUGAUGGGAAAACCUACUACUACAACAACAGAACACUGGAGUCUACCUGGGAGAAACCACUGGCCCUGGUAGAGAAAGAAAAAGAAGCAGAGAAGGUUAAGGAGCGUCUGGCUCAGGAGGAAGCUGAGGCAAUGGAGAUGGAGGAUGAGGAGAACAAAAUAGAAAACACUGACAAUGAAAAGGAGGAGCCUAAAGAAGAGGAGAUGACAGAGGAGGAAAAAGCAGCUCAGAAAGCGAGGCCAAUAGCUACCAACCCCAUCCCGGGCACACCAUGGUGUGUGGUAUGGACAGGUGACGAUCGCGUGUUCUUCUACAACCCAACAACACGGCUGUCCAUGUGGGACCGACCAGAGGAGCUGGUUGGUCGAGCUGAUGUCGACAAACAUAUCCAGGAGCCGCCGCACAAAAGAGGCCUGGAGGACGGCAAGAAGACAGUUGUGAAUAAGGAGGAGCCAGAAUUAGCCAUUGCUACAGAAGAGAAUCAGGAUGAGGAGCCAACCAAAGCCAAAAAGAGAAAGAAGGAGGAUGCAAAGGAGCCAGAUUCUGAGAAGGAAGCCGCAAUGGAGGCAGAGCUCAGAGCUGCCAGAGAGAGAGCGAUAGUGCCCCUAGAGGCUCGGAUGACUCAGUUCAGAGAAAUGCUCCUGGAAAGAGGGGUGUCUGCUUUCUCGACUUGGGACAAAGAGCUUCAUAAGAUUGUGUUUGACCCCCGUUACCUUCUGCUCAAUCCAAAAGAAAGGAAACAGGUGUUUGAUCAGUAUGUUAAGACACGAGCAGAGGAAGAGAGGAAGGAGAAGAAGAACAAGCUGAUGCAGGCCAAAGACGAGUUCAGGAGGAUGAUGGAGGAGGCGAAGCUAACAGCUAGAACAACAUUUAGUGAAUUUGCUGUAAAACACGGCCGAGACCCGAGGUUUAAGGCCAUUGAGAAGAUGAAGGACAGGGAGGCCAUCUUUGUAGAGUUCAUCACAGCAAUGAGGAAGAGAGAGAAGGAGGACUCCAAGUCCAGAGGAGAGAAGGUGAGGCAAGACUUCUUUGAUAUGGUGAGUGAGCAGCACAUAGAAGGAAAUCAGCGUUGGAGCAAAGUGAAAGAGAGGUUGGAGACAGAUCCACGAUACAAAGCGGUGGAGAGCUCAGCGCUCAGAGAGGAACUUUUUAAACAGUUCAUGGAAAAACAAGCCAAGAAUGUGGACAUCGAAAAAGAGCGAGAACUGGAGCGGCAGGCUCGUAUUGAAGCCAGCCUAAGAGAGCGGGAGCGAGAGGUACAGAAGGCUCGAUCGGAACAGACCAAAGAGAUCGACAGAGAGAGAGAACAGCACAAGAGGGAGGAGGCCAUUCAGCAUUUCAAGGCUCUAAUGUCUGAUAUGGUGCGAUCCUCAGAUGCCACAUGGUCGGACACACGUCGUAACCUGCGUAAGGACCAUCGCUGGGAGUCAGCGUCUCUGCUAGAGAGAGAGGAGAAGGAAAAGCUGUUCAAUGAACAUGUAGAAGCUUUGGCCAAAAAGAAGAAGGAACACUUCAGGCAGCUACUGGAUGAGACUAGCAUGAUAACUUUGACAACUACGUGGAAGGAGGUGAAGAAGGUUAUCAAGGAGGACCCUCGCUGUAUUAAGUUCUCCUCAAGUGACAGAAAGAGACAACGCGAGUUUGAAGACUACAUCAAAGACAAGUACAUCACUGCUAAAGCUGACUUCAGAACGCUGCUGAAGGAGACAAAGUUCAUCACGUACAGGUCGAGGAAGCUGAUCCAGGAGUCAGAGCAGCAUCUGAAAGACGUGGAGAAGAUCCUUCAGAAUGACAAGCGGUACCUCGUUCUGGAAUGCGUGCCAGGGGAGCGCAGGAAGCUCAUCAUGUUCUACAUCGAAGACCUUGACCGCCGUGGUCCACCGCCUCCUCCAACUGCCUCUGAGCCCACCCGACGCUCCACCAAGUGACCAAUCCCAUAAUCUUCUUGGCCAGUGCCCUUUUCCUUGCCUUCCCUUUGGCCAGAGCAUGACCUCCCCUGACACCCCUUGAGCCCCACCCACCAGGCCCAUGGCCGGCCUCGCAGUGUUAUGAUUGCUGAGGGGUCAUGUUGCUUAGAGAUGUAUCAUAGAGAUGAACGGUUAAGUUCUCUUUGUUAUACCACCUCUUAGCCCUGAAAUGUGUUCAAAGCAACAGCAGGGAACAGAGGUUACCUGACGGCAGGAUGAUCCAAACUCCUCAUCUCUGACUGACCACAUUAGAGGGAGAGGAAUAGUGAUGAGACUGCGGACGAAGCAACCGCAGAGGUGUAAGAUAGCAGAUGUAAAUGAAUGUGUGAGAAAAUGCGUCUGUGUGGAGAGUGAUUGAUGGUGUGUGUAUGCAUGUGUCUGAGGCGUCCUUAAGCCUUACAGCUCCACUGUGCCAGUCAUUGUUUCAGCGGCUCAGUGCGAAUGUUAGUUUCUGCUCAGUGGUUUACUCCGAUAAUGCAGCAGUUUCUCUGUUGAAUGAAAUAAAAGCAACUUCCACUGUUUUUCAA